AUGGCGGCAAACAACGUGGCAUCUAGGAAAUCUACAAGGUGGGCUUCGUUGCGGGAUGCGGAAUAUGGCGAUGCAAACCGUGAUUCUGGCUCGGAGGGAGCAGGAAUGUUUGUGCCCGAUGAAGAAUCUGAUCUGGACGAGUAUGGAGGAGAAUACCUGGAAGGCGAAGGUGAUGAUACAGAAAGUCAGAACGAGUCGAGCCCAGAAGUCGACAGCAUGGCUAGCCUCGAGACUAACGAUAGAAAUAUCGAUGACAACCCCAAUACUGGUACUUCCAACUACUCUUUCAACGUUCCCAAAGACGCAGAUGGAGAUGCCUCUAUGAUGAACGAAGCUCUUGCUGAAACUCCACAAUUUCACAACAACCGAAGCAGCACGGCUUAA